GCGGAGCCCAAAACCGGAAACUUAGACAAAGUUCGGAGUCCCGCCCCCGCCCGCGCCUUGCCGUCUGGCCCUACCGACCCUCGCUGCGCUGCCCCUGGCCCUCGCGUUGGCCCGGCCCUCGGGUGUACUAUGUCUGGCUCUUCCAGCGUCGCCGCCAUGAAGAAAGUGGUUCAGCAGCUCCGGCUGGAGGCCGGGCUUAACCGCGUGAAGGUUUCCCAGGCAGCUGCGGACUUAAAACAGUUCUGCCUGCAGAAUGCUCAGCAUGAUCCUCUGCUGACUGGAGUAUCCUCAAGUACAAAUCCCUUCAGACCGCAGAAAGUCUGUUCCUUUUUGUAGUCAAAUGAAUUCUUAAGAGUUUCCCAGACCACUUUUAACCAACCAGUGACUAUUCAGAAAAAGAAAAUUGAAGCCUGUACAACUUCC